CCUAAAUUUAAAAUGUUAGUCAAACCCAAGACUUGCAAAUGAUAUGGAUGGCAUCAACAAAUGUAAACAAGAAAACUCGAUUUUCUUAUUCCACCGUAUUUGAAAAGAAAAACUUACAUAUAUAUUAUUAAUAAUAUCAUUUUCAUUUGUUCAUAAAAACCAAAAAAGAUGGAUGAAGGCAUAGUUGAGAAAGCUCUUAACAGCUUAGGAAAAGGCUUCGAUUUGACAUCAGAUUUCAGGCUCAAAUUCUGCAAAGGUGAAGAACGUUUGAUUCUUCUCAAUGAAAUAGAGAAAAGAGAGCUUUCUGUGCCAGGUUUUGGAUCCAUAAAAGAUGUCUCCGUUGACAUCAAAUGUGAUAAAGGCGACAGGACACGUUAUCAAUCCGACAUCCUCACCUUCACCCAAAUGUCAGAGUUAUUCAAUAGGAAGAGUUCGAUACCUGGGAAAAUUCCAAGUGGAUAUUUCAAUACAGUAUUUGGGUUUGAUGAGGGUUCAUGGGCAGCUGAAGCAGCUAACACAAAAUGUUUAGGUGUUGAUGGAUAUUUGAUAAAACUAUUCAAUCUUCAUAUUGAUCCAUAUCCACUUCUUCUUUCUAAACAAGUCAUUCAAGCUGUUCCUUCUUCAUGGGAUCCUCCUGCACUUGCAAGAUUCAUCGAGAACUUUGGGACUCACAUUCUUGUGGGUCUUAGCAUUGGAGGGAAAGAUUUAUUGUUGGUAAAGCAAGACGUGUCCUCCAACUUGGUACCAUCAGAGCUCAAGAAUCACCUGGAUGAGCUUGGAGAACAGUUAUUUAGUGGGACAUGCAAUUUCCUUCCCAAAAAUAAAGAUCAGAAACACAAGGUACCAGCAGCCUUCGAUGUUUUUGGUCCGCAAAUCGUUGCGUUCAACGGCUCUACAUCCGUCUGUGCAAAAGAUGGAAUAAAUGUAAUAUGUGUAAAGAGGGGAGGGGAUACUCAAAUGAGCAGCCAUAGUGAAUGGCUGCUCACGGUUCCUAACAAACCAGAUGCAAUUGAUUUUAGCUUCAUUCCCAUUACCUCUCUUCUUAAAGGUGCUUCUGGAAGGGGAUUCCUCUCCCAUGCUAUCAACCUCUAUCUUCGAUAUAAGCCACCAAUGUCAGAUUUGUCAUACUUUCUUGACUACCAAGGAUACAAGAUUUGGGCUCCUGUUCACAAUGAUCUACCUCUUGGUCCAACUACAAACAUAUCUACUAUUUCACCUUUUCUCACUCUCAAUUUGAUGGGUCCCAAACUUUAUGUAAAUACAGACAAGGUAACAGUUGGCAAAAGGCCAAUCACAGGUAUGCGUUUGUUUCUUGAAGGAAUGAAAUGCAACAGGUUAGCCAUACACGUGGAACAUCUAUUAAACACUCCAACAAUGCUUAGCAACAAAAUUGAAGACACAACAAUAUGGUCAGAAGAAAUUAACGAUGAACGUUUCUUUGAAGCAAUAAGCGGGAAGAAAUUUUCCCAUGUAUGUACAGCACCAGUGAAAUACAAUCCUAAAUGGAGCACUGAAAAAAAUGUGGCAUUUAUUGUCACAGGAGCACAACUUCAUGUUAAGAAACAUGACACGAAGAGAGUCCUUCUUCAUCUGAGGUUAUUGUUCUCUAAGGUGUCAAAUUCUUUUGUUGUUAAAUCAAAUUGGACAAAGGGUUCUUCUGGAUUGUCCCAGAAAUCUGGAAUUUUCUCAGCAAUAAGCACAUCAAUAUCUGGUUCUAGUAAAGACCAAAAAAAAUCAACAGUACUUUUGGAUUCUAGUGUUUUUCCAACAGGACCUCCAGUACCUGUACAAACGCAAAAAAUGUUGAAAUUUGUGGACACGUCAGAGUUAUGUAAAGGCCCACAACACACUCCAGGUCAUUGGUUAGUUACAGGGGCAAAAUUGGUCAUGGAUAAGGGUAAGAUAUGCUUGUGGGCCAAGUUCUCUUUGUUAAAUACUGACCUAUAAACAAAAAAAAUAUAUAAUAAGAAGGAAAGUUUUCAAGUUAAAUAUUUCCUUUAUUUUUUGGUAAAGCAAGUAAUUCUAUUAUGUAAAUUGGAUAUAUAUAGCCUUGUAUAAUUAACAUCUCUAGUUGUAUUAUAGAGGUAGUCAUAGGAUCAUUAUUUAUUUCAUUGGUUUUGUAAGUAGCUUUCAACAAAAUCAAGGAUUAUUUACAAUAUUUCA